UCAUUCCCACAAUGCACAGAGACUCACCAAAAUAGCACGAUUUUCAGGUAUCAUGUCGACAACCGCUCCUGCCUGAAACAUCUCUCCAUUCCACUGAAAGGAUUUCUUCAAUCACGAAGAACGUAAAUCAAUCUCAAAUGACGAAAAGCGCACUGAUGUUUUCUUAAGAUUGGAGGAAGGCUGAGUUUACCGUCAUGGCAGCGUCUGAAUUGUACACAAAGUAUGCCCGGGUCUGGAUCCCGGACUCGGAGGAAGUGUGGAAAUCGGCGGAGCUCACCAAGGACUACAAGCAGGGAGACACCGCGCUUCAGCUGCAGCUAGAGGAUGGAACGGCGUUGGAACACAAAUUGGACCCAAAAACCAAGAACCUGCCCUACCUGCGGAACCCUGACAUCCUGGUGGGGGAGAACGACCUCACUGCCCUCAGUUACCUCCAUGAACCCGCUGUCCUACACAACCUGAAAGUGCGCUUCAUCGACUCCAAGCUAAUCUACACAUACUGCGGUAUUGUCUUGGUGGCCAUCAAUCCCUAUGAGACUCUGCCCAUCUAUGGAACAGACAUCAUCAAUGCGUACAGUGGGCAGAACAUGGGGGACAUGGACCCUCACAUAUUUGCUGUAGCUGAGGAGGCAUACAAGCAGAUGGCCAGGGAUGAGAGAAACCAGUCCAUUAUUGUCAGUGGGGAGUCUGGCGCAGGGAAGACGGUCUCAGCCAAAUAUGCCAUGCGGUACUUUGCCACAGUCAGUGGCUCUGCCAGCGAGGCCAACGUGGAGGAGAAAGUGCUGGCUUCCAACCCCAUCAUGGAGGCUAUUGGAAAUGCAAAGACCACCAGGAAUGACAACAGCAGCAGGUUUGGGAAGUACAUCGAGAUCGGCUUCGACAAGCGAUACCGCAUCAUUGGGGCCAACAUGAGGACGUACCUGCUGGAGAAAUCCAGAGUGGUGUUUCAGGCAGAUGAAGAGAGAAACUACCAUAUCUUCUACCAGCUGUGUGCCUCUGCACAUUUGCCUGAAUUCAAAUCCCUUAAGUUAGGAAGUGCUGAUGACUUUCACUACACCAACCAGGGUCAAAGCCCUGUAAUCGAUGGCGUGGGCGAUGCCGUGGAGCUGUCCACCAGUAGACAUGCUUUCUCUCUUCUGGGGAUUAAUGAAUCCUCUCAGAUGGGCCUAUUCCAAAUUCUCGCCGCGAUCCUUCACCUUGGCAACGUGGACGUGAAAGAUCGGGACGCGGACAGCAGCAGCAUCCCGCCCAACAACAAUCACCUGACCAUCUUCUGCGACCUCAUGGGGGUGACAUAUCAGGACAUGUCCCACUGGCUGUGCCACAAGAAGCUGAAGACGGCUUCAGAGACCUACAUCAAAACCAUCCCCAAACUGCAGGCCAUCAAUGCCCGGGAUGCCCUCGCCAAACAUAUUUAUGCCAAACUCUUCAACUGGAUCGUGGACCAUGUCAAUAAGGCCUUGCAUUCCAACCAAAAACAACACUCCUUCAUCGGAGUCCUGGACAUUUACGGGUUUGAAACAUUUGAGAUCAAUAGCUUUGAACAGUUUUGCAUAAAUUAUGCUAAUGAGAAGCUCCAGCAGCAGUUUAACAUGCAUGUCUUCAAACUGGAGCAAGAGGAAUACAUGAAGGAGCAGAUCCCCUGGACACUGAUCGACUUCUAUGACAAUCAGCCCUGCAUCAAUCUGAUUGAAGCAAAAAUGGGUGUUCUGGACCUUCUGGACGAAGAGUGCAAGAUGCCCAAGGGAUCUGAUGACAGCUGGGCACAGAAGCUGUACAACACUCACCUGAAGACCUGCACCCUUUUCGAGAAGCCCCGCAUGUCCAAUAAAGCCUUCAUUAUCCAGCACUUUGCAGACAAGGUGGAAUAUCAGUGCGACGGUUUCCUGGAGAAAAACAAAGACACCGUCAAUGAGGAGCAGAUCAAUGUGCUGAAAGCGAGCAAGUUUGAUCUGCUGGUGGAGCUGUUCCAGGAUGAGGAGAAGGCCACCAGCCCCACAGGUGCGCACCCUGGUGGCCGCACCAGGCUUAGCAUCAAACCAGAUAAGUCCCGGCCAGGCCAGGCCAGUAAGGAACACAAGAAGACUGUGGGUCUGCAGUUCCGUAACUCGCUGCAGCUGCUGAUGGAGACCCUGAACGCCACCACACCGCACUAUGUACGCUGCAUCAAGCCCAACGACCUCAAGUUCCCUUUCACGUUUGACCCUAAGAGGGCUGUGCAGCAGCUCAGAGCCUGCGGUGUCCUGGAGACCAUCCGGAUCUCUGCUGCUGGCUUCCCCUCCAGGUGGACCUAUCAGGAGUUCUUCAGUCGGUACCGGGUUCUGAUGAAGCAGAAGGACGUGCUGACCGACAAGAAGCUGACCUGCAAGAAUGUACUGGAAAAGCUUGUGCAGGACCAGGACAAGUACCAGUUCGGUAAGACAAAGAUCUUCUUCCGGGCGGGGCAGGUGGCCUACCUGGAGAAGCUGCGUGCGGACAAGCUGCGGGCGGCCUGCAUCCGCAUCCAGAAGACCAUCCGCUGCUGGCUGGUCCGCAAGAAGUACCUGCGCAUGAGGAGCGCCGCCAUCAACAUCCAGAGACACGUGCGCGGCUUCCAGGCGCGAUGCUUGGCCAAGUUCCUGCGCCGGACCCGAGCGGCCAUCAUCGUGCAGAAGUGCCAGCGCAUGUACGUGCAGAGGAAGCGCUACCGCCGCCAACAGGCCGCCGCGCUCAUUAUCCAGUGCAUCCUGCGGGCCUACAUGGCAAGGCAGCAGUACCAGGGGCUCCUGCGAGAACACAAGGCCGUCAUCCUGCAGAAGACGGUGCGGGGAUGGCUGGCCAGGCAGUGGUACAAGAGGUCGCUGGCCGCCAUCGUCUACCUGCAGUGCUGCGUGCGGCGCAUGCGGGCCAAGCGCGAGCUCAAGAAGCUGAAGAUCGAGGCGCGCUCCGUGGAGCACUUCAAGAAGCUCAACAUCGGCAUGGAGAACAAGAUCAUGCAGCUGCAGCGCAGGGUCGACGAGCAGAACAAAGAGAACAAGUCGCUGAGCGAGCGUCUGAACGGGCUGGAGACCUCGUACGCGGCCGAGGGCGAGAAGCUGCGCGGCGAGGUGGCCCGCCUCCGCGGGUCGCAGGAGGAGGCACGGAACAACGCCAACCGCAUCACCUCCCUGCUGGAGGAGCUGGCCCUCCUGCGCAAGGAGCUGGAGACCACCCGCAACGAGAAGCACGUGAUCGAGGACUGGGCCGAGACCUACCGCGACGAGAUGGAGCAGAUGGUGGCAGAGCUGAAGGACCAGAACAACUUGCUGAAGAGCGAGAAGGACGAUCUGAACCGGCUCAUCCAGGAGCAGAGUCAGGAGAUGACAGAGAAAAUGCAGAAGGUCCUGCAGGAGGAAACCAAGCAGCUGGAGAACGACCUAAACGAGGAGCGCUCGCGCUACCAGAACCUUCUGUCCGAGCACCUGAGGCUGGAGGAGCGAUACGACGACCUGAAAGAGGAGAUCACCUUGACCGUGAAUGUUCCCAAGCCUGGCCACCGGCGAACCGACUCCACCCACAGCAGCAACGAAUCAGAAUGCACCUACAACUCGGAGUUCGCCGAAUCAGAGGAAAGCUCACGUGGAGGAGAGGAUGUUACCAAAGCCACCCUGGACAUGUCUCUGUUCCUCAAGCUUCAGAAGAGAGUGUCCGAACUGGAGCAAGAGAAGCAGUCUCUGCAGAAGGAGCUUGACACGAGAGAAGAGCAGUUCCAGCGAGCAAGAGCCAGGGAUGAUGAGGAACACAAGAAGGCCAGAGGGGCUGAGCUGGAGUACGAGUCUCUCAAGCGCCAGGAGCUGGAGUCUGAGAACAAGAAGCUGAAGCACGACCUGAACGAGAUGCGGCAGUCCCUGACGGAGAACGCCGGCGCCGCCAAAGCCGCUCCAGGAUCUCCCGCCUACAAGGUGCUCCUGGACCAGCUCAACUGUUCCAACGAGGAGCUGGAGGUGCGCAAGGAGGAGGUGCUGAUCCUGCGCUCCCAGCUGGUCAGUCAGAAGGAGGCCAUGCAGCACAAGGAAACCAUGACUGACCCCGUAUCGUACAUGGAUGAUGUGCAGAAGAUGAAGGAUGCUGGGGAGAUCACGCAGGCUUUCAUAGGGCUCAAAGAGACCAACAGGUCCCCCAACAGGUCCCCCAGGUUUUUGCAUAAGCCCCUCAACGUGGCUGAGCUGGUGAAUAGGGUCAGAUCCCCCAUUCCAAACUACCACGAGCUGAAUGAGGAUGGAGAGCUUUGGCUGGUUUAUGAAGGGUUAAAGGAGACUAACAGGCUGCUGGAGUCGCAGAUGCAGCUGCAGAGGAGGAGCCAUGAUAACGAGGUGGAGGCCCUGAGGGGGGAGCUGCAGAGCGUGAAGGAGGAGAAUAACCGGCAGCAGCAGCUCCUGGCCCAGAACCUGCAGCUGCCCCCGGAGGCGCGCAUCGAGGCCAGCCUGCAGCACGAGAUCACCCGCCUCACCAACGAGAACCUGGACAUGCUCACGGAUGACCCCAGCAAAUAUCAAGAGUAUCGGCUGUUGGUUUUGCGGCGGAUGGUUGAUCUUAUGGAGCAACUGGAGAAACAGGACAAGACUGUUCGCAAACUGAAGAAGCAGCUCAAAGUCUUUGCAAAGAAGAUUGGAGAACUGGAAGUGGGGGGCCAGCUGGAGAACGUGUCCCCCGGGCAGAAUGUGGAUGAGCCCAUCCGGCCGGUGAACCUCCCGCGCAAAGAGAAGGACUUCCAGGGCAUGCUGGAGUACAAGAAGGAGGACGAGCUGAAGCUGGUGAAGAACCUCAUUCUGGAGCUGAAGCCUCGGGGUGUGGCCGUUAACUUUAUCCCCGGCCUGCCGGCCUACAUCCUCUUCAUGUGCCUGCGCCAUGCCGACUAUCUCAACGAUGACCAGAAAGUGCGAACGCUGCUCACCUCCACCAUCAACAGCAUUAAGAAGAUCCUAAAGAAACGAGGGGACGACUUUGAGACGGUCUCUUUCUGGCUCUCCAACACGUGCCGCUUCCUGCACUGCCUGAAGCAGUACAGCGGAGAGGAGGCCUUCAUGAAGCACAACACUCCCCGGCAGAACGAGCACUGCCUGUCCAACUUUGACCUGGCUGAGUACCGGCAGGUUCUGAGCGACCUGGCCAUUCAGAUCUAUCAGCAGCUCAUCAAGUGUAUGGAGAACAUCCUGCAGCCAAUGAUAGUUUCGGGAAUGCUGGAGCAUGAGACGAUCCAGGGCGUGUCGGGCGUGAAGCCCACGGGCCUGCGUAAGAGGACCUCCAGCAUCGCAGACGAGGGCACCUACACCCUGGACUCCAUCCUGCGCCAGCUCUCCUCCUUCCACUCCAUCAUGUGCCAGCACGGCACCGACCCCGAGCUCAUCAAGCAGGUGGUCAAGCAGCAGUUCUACAUCAUCGGCGCCGUCACCCUCAACAACCUGCUGCUGCGCAAGGACAUGUGCUCCUGGAGCAAAGGCAUGCAGAUCAGGUAUAACGUGAGUCAGCUGGAGGAGUGGCUGAGGGACAAGAACCUGAUGAACUGCGGGGCCAAGGAGACCCUGGAGCCCCUCAUCCAGGCCGCACAACUGCUACAGGUGAAGAAGAAGACCGACGAGGACGCAGAGGCCAUCUGCUCCAUGUGCAACGCCCUGACCACCGCACAGAUUGUGAAAGUGCUGAACUUGUACACACCAGUGAAUGAGUUUGAGGAACGGGUUUCCAUAAUGUUCAUUCGGACAAUACAGACUCGUUUACGGGACCGGAAGGAGUCGCCACAGCUGCUUAUGGACACCAAGAUCAUCUACCCCGUCACGUUCCCCUUCAACCCUUCCUCACUGGCCCUGGAGUCCAUCCACAUCCCCGGCAGUCUGAACCUGGGCUUCCUCACACGCGUGUAGAGGCAGUCUGAACCUGGGCUCCCUCACACGCGUGUAGAGGCAGUCUGAACCUGGGUUCCCUCACACGCGUGUAGAGGCAGUCUGAAUCUGGGCUUCCUCACACAGAGCUCUCUGUCACAGUAAUCAGUUAUUAAAGGGUGAGGAUAAAUGCAGUUGUCUUGAGUGUCCCCUUAGCAGCCAACUUUAAUCACCAAGUAGGUCCGGUGUAUUAUUUGUUAUGAGUGGUAGCGUGUGUUCAGGUUCUCUCAGUUCUUGGCCUCUUAUAGGAAUGGAUGGUACACUAAACCCAGAUUCAGUGAAGGACCAUGGUCAUGUGUUUUGAUGUAUUCAUUUUCAUUUUUUUACACAUUGCUUAGCUUGGCAGUGUUCUGGCCGAUGCAUCACAAUGCUCAAUGCCUGUGCCACAAUGCUUAUAUUUUAUUAUAUAUAUUAUGUGUAAAUAUCACACAUACUCUUUUGAAUCUUACCUUGAAAAUCUCUACCUUGGAAAUUGUUUUUCCCUGAGAAAGAAACAUGCUGGGUUUGAUUGUGCUCUGAAUCAUUUCAACAACUGGAAAAGGAAAACUGGUGGCAUAUCGUGUAAUGUGUCAUAUAUUUAUGUUCGUAAGAGAUAAAAUGUGUAGAAUAAUUUAAUAAAAGGUCCGCUAGUGAACUAUUUAACAUAGAUGUUUAUUUGUUACCACAGGUAUUGUGUUUUUACUUAGCACACUUAUAGUAGAUAGCAGCUGUGUUUUGUGUAAUUUGCAUAUCCAAGAAUAUAGUACUUAUGCACUGUGGCAUAUAGAUUUCAAGUUAAAUUCUCCUAAAUAUCAAUACUGUUUACAACUCGGACUUAAGCUUGAUUAUUACAAAUGUAACUGUCCCUGUUCACAAAAUUGUGGAGUCAAGGCUUGUGGCCCAUGGUAGAGCCUGAAAUCAUUUCUGAGCUUUCAUAGUGUCUGCUGGGAUGGUCAAGGAUCUAUAACCUUAAGAUCUAGAGUACAUGCACGUGUGUGUGUGUGUGUGUGUGUGUGUGCGCUUGUGCGUUUGUGUGUACUUGUGCACAUAUUUGUGAUUUACAUUGUCACUGAUUCUGUUGGCGGUUUCCACUGUUACAUGUCUCCCCAAAGCCUAAUGCCUUACACCACCACUGUGAGGAUGGCCCCCUCACUGCCUGCAUUCUGGGCCUGCUCUACCAUGGAAUCCACUGUCUAAGCACAAACGCACACUGGAUAUUUCUCCUCGAGUUACUGACUGACUGAUUUCUCUUUAGAUGUUUUAAACAGCCUCAGUUAUUUAUUCUGUCUUUCAGAAACUGUUAAAAGAGGUGUUUCACCUGAAAACUAAAAUCACUUUGGGUGCAUGUACUGUUGAAUGAUAUUAUCAAACAGAACUGUAUGGCUUUUUCCCCCCGUAUUUAUUUUGCUUUGUUUAGGCUCCUGGCUUUUGACAGGCUAGAUGCGUUACCUUGAACGUACAGAACCGCUUUUGUGAUGAAUGCCGUCAGCUUUUAUGCCAGCAGCACAGUCAAUGUAGAAUGAACUAAUGCUAAACUUUCUCCUUAUUCUAUAAUAUAUAUAGGAAAAAUACACAUCAUAACAAUUUAUGUAGCGGUUGCCGGAGGCUUGCUUUACAUGCUGUAUUUAUUUAGUUAGAAACAUAGCAGCUCCAUCUAAAUCAAACCCUUUUUCGCCUUUGAAUAUUACACUCAGUGAGACAUAGCAGUGAUCAUAUCUAGCGUACUAUGCAGUCAGUGAUAAACGAACCUGCAAGCUCUUAGUUUUACUGGCGACACCCACAGACAGUAAUACACAAAAACCUUUUACCCAAAGACGUGCAGUUUUGAUCAUGCUAGCUAUCCUUUUGUCUGUAAAGACUAGAAGAUAAAGUGAGCCUAUGCCAUCCCAUGCCUUAGUCAUCCUCUGGUUCCCAUGGCUUUAUGUGCGUCAUCCAUCACCCAUCUGUGCAGUAUGUUGCUCCACUUUGUAGGCAAAACGUUAAGUGUUUAUACUACCCAUUGUGACCCAUGCAAUGUACAGAUUCAUAUGUGUUGAACCUUGCAGCUUAAAAUGAGUGCGUUGAUCCAUAUAUUAAUGUUUUUUUAACCAGAGCUACUCAUAUCUUGACCAUUUUGGUGUGCAAUAUGAGCCCUUAUUAAUGUCACUGGGACCACCAAUGAUCUAUUGUAAAUUUGCCUUUUGUCAUUAUGUUAGGGUAUUGUGUGAACUGGCAAAACAAUGUAUGGUAUUGGCUAAAAGGAAUCCUUUAAAAUUGUGUGUUUGUAUGUCUGUGUCUGUUUGUGCGUGUGUAUGUGUGUGCCUGCGUGUAUCCACAAAAUAGAAAAAAUUGGAUGCUACUGGAAAAUACUGUAUUUAAACUAUCGGUUUUGCUGCUUUUGGUUUUGUUCAGUUAUUCAUAUCUAAUUUAUUAUUGUAUUAUUUGCAAUACAUUCAUUGCAUACAGCCUUAUGAAAUAAUGGUAUAUCUGGCAUAUGACGAUAUUUUGUUAUUGUUUUUGACUGCAGUAUUUUGUAACAUCCCUGGGGGGGGUGUAGAGGAUAUGUAAUACAGUCUGGGAAGAAUGGUAAAAUCUGAGAUAAAGAACUUAGAAUGUGUUCAGCCUAGUAAAUUACCCCCCAGUGAACCUUCAACAGUAUUUGUUCAUGCACUUUUUAAGUUUUUCUGAGGAAUCCCAAUAAACAGUAGUGAUAGUAGUUUGCUAGAGCUAUUGGUUUAAAUUGGUUUAUUUGGUAGAAAAAAAAAUUGUGAAAGCUAUCAUUUUAAAAUUUGAUAUUUUCGGAUCACUGCAUUAAAUUUUGAAUUUGUGUGGAUGUUAGCUGACUGUUGGGAGUAAGUUGCAUUGCCUAAUUAAAAAACUGUACGCGAAAUUCUUUGCAACAGUACCAUUGCUAAUUGCUAAGUACCAUUGCUAAUUGGCUGUCCAAUAAACCUAACUGUGGUCUAAAGCAACUAUUUUGAAAUAUCUUGGUUUUAAAUUUUUGGCUUGUAUUUUCUCCCAUAACAAUGUCUGCUGUACUCUCCUUUGCUUUUCUAAAUUGGUAACUACUGUCAUGUGUGUCUUAGCAAUAUUUUGACGUCACCUUGUUCCAUGCAAAAUAACUACAUUGCAGCAGGUCUCUAGGGCAGACUUUGCUUCUGUAAACCGCGCUCUGCACCUGCAAUCAUUUUGUGGCUCUGUGAUAUUGAUUUUGGGGGCCAUCUUGGAAAUGGUGACAGAACAGAAUGUAACAGGAGAUAAUAACAGAUAAUUCAGUCAAACAGGAAAUUAAGAAUAUGAUGUUUAAAUCCCAACCCAAUCAGUUAAGUUAGAUAAAUGAUGGUGUGGGCAUCAUUCAUUUCAUAAAUACUUCAUAUAAAUGGAUACAUAUUGAGGGUCUGGACUAACAGAUUGAAGUAACUAACAGAUUUGAAAUCUUCACGUAAAACUGUUCACGUCACCGUAAAAUCAGCUUCUCUCCCAUAAAUCUGGGCAUCCAUGACAGCGUCAUGCUAAAUAAACUGUAAAUAGUUCAGAGAUGCUAAUAAGAGUAAAACAAUUAUGCUGAAAAUAUGAACCUGCUUCUUUAGGACAUGUUUUGCCUGGCCGAUGUUCCAGAGACAGUUCCUUGAGGAACAGCGAAUGUGAAGAUUUAAACUGUUAGUAGUUCACAGUAGUUGUAAUUGGUAACUGUGUCCGCUAUACAAUAUGUGUACUAAGGUACAAGAACUGUCAAAUCUGUAUAGACAAAUAAAGGAAUUCAGCACUGUA